UCUCCCGUCAGACUAGGAAUCAGUUGCGAAGCAGAAGCGAGCGAGUCCAGAACACUGACCGGAGCAACCUGACCUGGAGAUAAGCAUCAUCAGCGCAAAGAGAUGGCCUGGAAGACUUUCAUGGUACUGCUGCUGGCAGCAGAGACGCUGGUCUCUGGCACCCCCUUGGUCUCCACCAUGGAGCCCCUGCCUUCCCCGGCAGCCGCUGCUGGUGCUGAACAGAAACCCAUCAUCAAGGAGGAACAUUUUCCGGCCAUGGCCCCGCCCCAGGCGAUCGAGUCCAGCGGGUCCAGUGACCAACCCAUUGCGCUGCAGCCUCCACCCAUUCCAGCGGCCGCCCCAUUAGAUGACUCGGACUCGCUGCGUCGUCGGACCAUCACCUACGACCAGAGGCAGGAGGGACAGUACAAUAUACGCGCCGAUUUGGAGAACUUUAUGAUUUUGCUGAUUCCACCCGGUCCCCAGGAGGGGAUCAGCCUGCUGGAACUCUUGGGCAGAGGAUCCACCAAGGCCAGUGGCGCCAGCAAGCGUAAGCAUCCCCUCAGAAGCAGCCCCUUUAAGGAGUUCUAUGAAAAGAGUCAUAUCCGGAAACUGCUGCAGCAAAAGCAUCACGACUCCUCGCCAGCUGCGGCUCUGCCAGAAUACAUCGAGGGUCGAUCCCCCUACCAUGUGGACAUCUCGGCCAGAGAUCCCCAGCAGGCGCAGCGUCUGCAGCGCCAGCAGGUGGACGUACUGCCGCCACAACUGACUCCCAUGCCGCAACUGAUCAAGCCCUUCCAUCUCGAGGCGGAGCCAGAGUUGAUCCAGGCCCUGCCGCCAGUGGCCGCUGGCAGCAGCAGUAGCAGCAGCAGUGCGGGAUCGAAUUUCUUCGAGGGCUUCAACAACCCAGCAGUAAUAAAUGAUAAAUACUUCCGCCGUUCUCGCUCCCUGCGUGGCGACAGCUACCUUAACACCAAUCGCCUGACUGGCAGUGACUUCGCCAAUGGUCCGCGCUCCAUUAGUGCUCCCAUUUAUCGCGGCGAGUUUCGAGGAGCUGGUAAUGGAAUGUAUCCACCCAUCGAUGCCCCAUCUUACUUCGUGGACCAAGCUCGUAGCUCCUGGCAACUAGAUGAGGAGCCCACAAAGGUUCAAGCGGCCGAGCCCGAGAUAGUCAGCUUCGAUCUACUGUCCGAUGACGACGACCUGGCCGAUUCCCGGACCCUGCUCCGUGAUGGCUUGGCGCGCUGCGCCCGCGGAGAGCGUCGGGAUAGCUACGGGGCCUGUCGCCAGAUCGAGGGCUACUGAGGGAGGAGCGAGAACAGCCAGACUGCCAGCCUAAAUGUUAGUUUCAUUUUACUUUGCACACACACUCUAGAGUUAAGCUGACGAA